AUGGAAAUGGCCGCAACCUACAAGAAACUCGAGAAACUGUGUCCCGGUGACAAAUACCCAACGCAGCAACGAAUUCUCGACAAUGCCCGCAUUCCCGGAACCUGUCAAUGGUUUCUGAACCACGAAACGACACAAGCUUGGUUGAAUGGCGAUGGACAUCACAUUCUCUGGUUACAUGGACCUAUCAACCACAUUCAUCAGACCCAGUACGAAAGCAUCGCAUGUGGUGUCUUUUACUUUGGGCGCAAUGAUCUACAGUAUAACCUCGCCGAUUACGAUCUUGCAUUCCGAUCCAUCACUAGGCAACUCGUGUCCCAAACUCCAGACUCGCUCGGCCUAUGGCAGAGUAUUACCGACAAUGAAGAAAUGGAGACCCCGUGUUUAGACGUUUCUUCGAAGAUCAUUGAGCAAAUUUCAUCUGCAUUUGACAAGAUUAUCGUCAUUCUAGAUGGUGUAGAUGCGACGAACGAGUCUGGCCUGAACGAUCUUUUUCAUCUUCUGUUUGAUGAAAGGAUAAUUCCCUCACUGAAGAUCUUGAUAACAAGUAGACUUCCCUUUCCCAAUGCACUCGACAGGAUCGACCUUGGAAUAUCAGAGAUUGAAGCCCACGCUCCUGAGUCGGACAUUGGACUUUACUUUGCCAGCUACAUCGACGAAUCUCCUGUCGACGCCGAGUUUCCCGACCCUGCGCGCGUCAGACUCUUUCCUUAUAAGAAGUUCUUCGACCUCUCCAAAGGCUUCAACAUUGCCUCGCAACCAAACAGUGUGUUUUUCGACCUUGUCGAGUCAUCGCCGCCAGAGUCGAAAGGAGAUGUGUCAAGAGCAUUCUGCGAAGCGGUUAUGGAAGACAUCAAGUCCUCCAAAGACGCCAAUCUUAUCAUGUGUGUGCUCUAUCAUCUCAUUGUCAUUGACAGGAUGGGGUAUCUAUUUACCGUCCCCAUGGCGCACGAAGCUCUUGAUACUUGGGGUACCACACGACCAGAUGGAAAUCCAUUUACGGCCUCCGAAAUUCUGAAAUCUUGCCAAGGACUUAUCUUUCUGAACGACAAGAACCAGACCAUAGUGAUGCGAUCUCCACUGUUGAUGGAACACCUUCGCACUCAUGUGCUCACAAAUUUUCACCAUCAGGUACAGACAAGAGUUUCCAUGAGGUAUCUUUCGAAACAAGAUUUUGCAAACGGGGCCUCAAAGUCUUCUGCGCAAUUGAAAGAGAGAUUCUGGGCUCAUCCAUAUCUCUGGUAUGCAGCCAGAAGCUUGUCGUCCAACCUCACAAAGGGCGAUUGCUUCGAAUCAUUCUUCCUGGCCUUGACUACUUCACAAGGAUCCAUCGAGUCUUACCAACAAGCUGCUGAAGCAUGGCCAUAUUUAGAUGACGAAUCCUAUGACGAAUGCGAAAGGUCAUGCGAACGAUGGCGCUGUUACACAGCAGGUUAUACUGCGCUUCAUCUUGCAGCAAGUUUAGGAGUCGCCGAUAUGAUGGUGCAAAGACUCGUCAGCGAUGGAGCUCAUCUUGAUGCUCGAGAUGGGAGUGGUCAGACAGCGUUGCAUAUAGCAGCGGGCAUUGAAGAUGAGUCCGUUACGCUAAAAAGCUUGUUGCUUGCUGGUAGUGAUGUGGCUGUCAAAGAUAGGGAUGAUUUGACGCCCCUGGCUAUUUGUGUAGUACAUGGAAAUUUGGCGUCGGUCAAGUUGCUUAUUGAGUAUGGCGCUGAUGUUAGUACGCUCGAUGAGGAGGAUCUAAGAGAGUGCGCGAGGGAAAAGCCAGAAAUUGCUCAGUUCUUGGUUGAGCUUGGUAUUGAUAUGCCAGACGUUGAUGAGGAUGAGGAUGAGGACGAGGGAAAUUAG